AUGUAUACGUGCGACAUUUGCUCCAAGGGGUUUGCAUAUAAAAGUGGACUUAGUCGUCACGCUAACAAGCAUAAAUCUAUCACAUUUCCCUGCGACACAUGUGGAAAGAAAUUUACAAGACAGUACAACUUAAUCGCUCACAGGGAAACCAAACAUCAGCAGAUUAUUGAUAACAGCGAGCUAACCGCCCACGACAUGAACAGUACCUGUAAUACAAAAUAUAUAUACAGACCCCUCGACUGCUAUGAUAAUGAAACGUUAAACAUGGAUAAUGAUGAACAAUUAGAAACAGAUUGUGAGAGCAGCGAAGAUAUGCUAGAAAGAGAGAGCGGAGACGAUCCCGACAAACUUGUAAAUGAUUUACGCUAUUAUAUCGAAGAGUGUCGUUUGACUAAAGAACAUCACCUCUGUAGUGGCAUUAUCAACAAGCUACAUGAUAUGGGAAUAAUUCAGUAA